CUCUUCCUUUUCUUUUCUUUUAUUUUUCUCUGCCUAUAAAUAAGUAGCCACACCCUCUCACAUAUGCCCUUGUCCUUCUCCCUUGUUUUAUUUCUUCUGGCAAAAUAGUAACCGCUCUCUAGUCUCUGUGCUCCUUUCGUAACCCAACUCAAUGGCCAAGAAGAAGAACAAGAACAACAAUAACAACCAUGAGCACGAGCAUGACCACAAGAAGGAAGAAGAAAAGAAAGAGGAAGUAGUAACACAAAAGAAAGAAGGAGGAGACAACAAGAAGAAAGAGGAAAAGAAGAAUCCACUGAACGUAGUUCUCAAGAUCGAAAUGCACUGUGAAGGUUGCGCUUCUAAAAUCAUCAAACUGACUCGCGGUUUCGAGGGUGUAGAGAAUGUUAAAGCAGAUACAGAAUCAAACAAAUUAACGGUGAUUGGAAAAGUGGAUCCUAUUCAGAUUCGAGAUACUCUCCACUUAAAAACCAGGAAAAAGGUCGACCUUAUAUCUCCUCAACCCAAAAAAGACGACGACAACAACAACAAAAACAAAAACAAAGGUGACAACAACAAAGACGACACCAAGAAACCAGACAACGCCGAUAGCAAGAAACAAAAAGAGGCACCGGUAACGACGGCGGUAAUCAAGGUGGCAUUUCACUGCUUGGGUUGUAUAGAGAAGAUUCACAAGAUCCUUUCUAAAGCUAAGGGUGUGCAGGAGAUGACGCUGGACAAGCAGAAGGAAACGGUAACGGUCAAAGGAAGCAUGGACGUUAAGGCGUUGACUGAAGCUUUAAAGGAGAGACUUAAAAGACCUGUUGAGAUUAUGCCACCUAAGAAAGAGAAAGAUGGCGAAAAAGACGGCGACAGUGGCGGCGGUGAAGGGAAGAAAAAGAAGGGCGGCGGCGGUGGUGGUGAAGGCGGAGAUAAAGGAGGAGGUGGUGGUGGAGGUGAUGUGGCUCCUAAAGUGGAAGGGAAUAGAAUGGAGUAUUUGAUGCAGCCUGGAUUCGGAUAUGGUCCUGGAUACGGAUAUGUGGGUCAACCAGUUCUUGGAAAUGGGUACAUGGGUCAGCCUGUGCCUGUCUCUAUGCCUGUUCCUAUGUAUGGAAACGGGUAUAUGGGUAUGCCUCAACCUAUGCCUGUUCAUGACUAUGGGUACGGGUAUGGACAGGGGCCAGCUCCGGGUUAUCCAGUGCACAUGAAGUUUAACGAUGAGAAUCCAAAUGCUUGUUCUGUGAUGUGAGGGAAGGGAAGGUUAAUUAGAUGGAGAAUUUAAAUAAGUGUAAAUAAUGAAAUAGAGAAGAUUACUAUGGAGAAAGGGAAUUUUGGGGUUGGGAGGGAUUUUGCUUUUGCUUCUGGAUAUCAAUUAUCUACUUCUUCUUUUUUCUUUAGUAAUAUGUUUUAAUUUACUAAUUUUGUGGAGACUUUUGAAUAUUAAUUAAGGUAAUAUUAUUAAUUUUCUA